AUGCCAUCUCUCAAACAGCUUAUCUGCUCCAUCGAGCUAGGCAGCACACACACCAAAGUCGUUGAACAUGGAAAAGACUACGGCGAUGGCCAUGUCACCAGCUAUAUCGCCGUGCCCAGCGAAGAAGUAAACUUCAGCAUCCAUCUCACCUCUCAUGGUUACAUUGCGCCUGGCCUUGCCAUGUUUGUUUACAUGGAUGGCCAGUAUCAGUGCAAUCGCAACAGACGUGGUCUCCAAGUUCCUGCCAAGGGUGUCAGGGAUGAGCAGGUCGAAGUUGACUUGCGCGUCAGGCAGAAGGAGUCCAAGCAGGCGGAUGGCAGCUUCUUGGGAAGAGACUGGACGUUUCACGGUCUGAACCUGGUGUCUGCUGACAAGGUUGACGAGACCGACGACGUCUUUCUAGACAACUUGGGCACUAUCGAGGUCAUCGUCUUGCGUUGCAAGGAUGCUCCUCUACCACCACCUAGCGCGCCUGUAACCAGAGAGAGUUCGUCUCGUCCUGCCAGCAAGCCGGCGUCCAAGCACUCCACAGCUCAACAGGAAAAGAAGGAAUCAUCCAAACCUUCUUCAUCCGACCACAAACACAAGACAUCGUCAGCAAAGGCUAAACAACCUCCCAACAUGCCCUCCAAACCCGCGACGACCAAAGAAAGCUCCGCGGGCGACAUGAUGGGUAACCUCUUCGACGGCGCCUCAGACGAACCAGACCAUGCCGGUAUCAACCCCAAAUCCUACUGGAACGACUGGAACAAACGCCCUACAAUCCCCUCUUCACGUCCCACCCGCAACCUCUACCUUGCCCCCGAAGAGCCCCUCCCUCUAGUCCCCAAGCAAGUCGCUCGCUCCAAACAUGUCGAACACCAAGUCAAGACCGGCAAAGGAGCACAGUACCUGCAUUUAUGUGCACGUCCCGAAUAUCUGGACAGCAUGAAGCAACCCUACGCGGUAUUUACCUUCAAAUACCGUAGCAAGAGGUUCAUUGAGAAGAAAUUCAAGAUUGAAAUCAAGGAAGAGGGUAAGGCUCUCAAGGCAAAGUUGGCAGACAUGUCAAAGGAUGAGUUGGCUGAGGAGUUGUUCAGAUUGCGCAUGACCAAAGAGAGCAGCAGCUUCAAGCACAGCAAGGAAAAGACACCCAGUGCUGCAAAGGAAGCCCAAGUCGAAGUGCCUGCCACCAGCAAAACACCCUCAGUCACAAAAUCCAAGACCUCAAAGACAACCACCGCUCCGAUUCCAUGGGACACUGUUCCCACUCCAACCUGGGAAGAGCCUGCCACUCAAGACACCAAGCCCGCCUCGAACACUCCCUCAAAGGUCGCUGCCAAGGUUGCCUCGAAGACAGCUUCUCAGAAAGAAAAGCAAGCACCAGGUGCCUAUCCAGCAUCUGCCUCUAGUCGUCACACUGCCAGUAACGCUACUGCUGCUGCUGCCGCUUCCAGCCACCCUACAACUGUAAAGAGUGGCUCCAAGUCUGGAUCCAAGAAAUCGAACAGGGAAGAUGCUGCCGCCGGUGCAGAAGAUCCUGCUGCCGCUACCGGUGACUGGAACCAGACGCAACCGAAUAACGCUGCUUGGGAAACUGCUCCUGCAGCAGCAGGCGGUUGGGAUGGAGGAGCAGGAGGAGGAGUUGCUCCUGGUAGCUGGGGUCUUCUACGUAUCACGUUCGUAAUCAUCGGUUUCGCUGUCGCUGUUGCGAUCUUAGUGUUUGCAUACUUCUGGAUCAAAAGCUACUUGCUCAAAGCCAUGGCUUUCUUCUUGGUUUUCAAAGCAUGGGUCCUUGCUCCUUUUGCUCGGAUCAACGAAAUCUGGCUCAGUAUCACAGAUCUAGGAUGGACAAUUGCUCCUUUUGCUUGGGCAUGGUCUCACAUCAAGGGAGGUCUGCUCUGGGUCCAGGAACGGGUUCAGAAUGUCAAGAUUGGCAGACCGAAAUUCCUGGAAACAGAGAUGUGGAGCAUGGAGUGGCUCAAGAGACCUGAGUGGUUGUCGUGGCCUGCAUGGAGAUUGGGUGUUCCAGAGAUUGUGAAGGAUGGCUUCGAGGUCUUUGUGCCUGAUGCUGUGCAGGUGGAACAAGUGCUCGAGGAACUUUGA